UUGCAAGAAUUGUACGAUCAAGGUAGGGUUGUGGAAAAACGCGCUGAGAUGCUGUACUUUGAAUCAGGGAAGUUAUUGUUUAAAGAUUCAAUGAAUUUUGUUAACAUGGGACUGGAUAAGUUUCCUGCAACCUUUCACUUGUGUGAGAUGCACAAAGGUUUUUUCCCACACAAGUUCAACACACCUGAGAAUUUUCAGUGCCAGGGAGCCUAUCUGCCUGUGGACAUGUACUGCCCAGAUGACAUGCCAAAGAAGAAAAGAGAAAAAUUCCUCGCUUGGCAUGCGGAGAAGGUCAGAGAAAACGCAAUCUUCGUUUUCCAAGAGGAACUUCUUAACUACUGCAAGAGCGAUGUCCAGUUCCUGAAAGAAGGCUGCCUGAAAUUUAUUGAAGAAUUUGAAGAGAUUACCGAGUUUAACCCCCCGGAAGAGUCAGUGACCAUUGCCAUCGCCUGCAAUUUGUUCUGGAGACGUGAAAACCUAGAAGAAGAGUUGAUUGUGUUGAAACCGCAAAAUGGUUGGAGAGGAAAUCAGGUAAAUCAAUGUAAGGUGGCUUUAGAGUGGCUCUAUUUUGAAGAUUGGAAAUUAAGGGGUGUUGGUUGUGUGAGACAUGGCAGAAAUGGUGGGGAGCAAAAGGUGUUGACGCCAGCAGCAGUGUAUUUUGUGGACGGGUAUGAUUCAGAAACCACAACGGUGUUUGAAUUUCAGGGCUGUUAUUAUCACGGGUGCCCUACCUGUUAUAAGAAACGAGAUCUCCGAAGAAAUUGCCAUCUGGACAGAACAGUACAAGAAGUGUAUGAAGCCAGACAAAGAAAAUUGGAGAUGCUUCGACAGGCUGGUUGCACCGUCAUUGAAAAAUGGGAGAGUGAGUUUGCUGAAGAUAAGAAAACCAACCACCCGUUACAAGAAUUUUGGACAUGGUGGAGGUGCUGAACCCCCGAGAUGCAUUCUUUGGUGGCCGAACGGGUGCAACCACGUUGUAUGCCAAAGCAGAGGAGGGUGAAGAGAUAAAGUAUGCCGAUGUCAUGAGUCUUUACCCAUGGUUCAACAAGUACAAAGAAUACGGGGUAAGGUUUCUGCUCAUUUGCACUAACCCAAGUGAUCAGAAUAUCCAUCAUUACUUUGGUGUGGCUUUGGUGAACAUCCUUGCUGUGGAGCAGCUUUAUCACCCCGUACUCCCCGUCCGUGCUGGUAACAAGCUCACCUUUCCCUUGUGCGGUGCUUGUGUUGAAGAAGAGUAG